GAGAUACGACUGCACCCGCUUGGCCCGCUGUGCCGUUGUUAUGGCCUCGAGUGCUCAAGCGUCAUUUUAGUCAUGUGCUUGUGUGUUCAUCGUGCGACUCGAGCUCUUGCGAGCACCUUACACGAAGGAAACUUGUCUGAGAAGAUUGCAGGGUGUUGUGUAACUGCACGGAUGCGAUUUGGAGCCCUGUGCCACUGUAGGGGCCAGCGAUGCGUGAUGUUCAGAUAGUGGACUGCGAAACUUUGUUGUUUGAAUGAGUCUGAGAGAGGCAUUCUUGGUUGCGGCUUUGCUUGCAGCGUGUCACGAUGACUUGAAGUGAGAGCGUAGACUUUGUUAGGUUAGGCUCUCUUUGUUCCUUCCGGGUUCGCGCCGGGAAUGAACUGUCUUGCUGUAGCAAGGCAACGACGUUUUAAGCGAGUGCUAGCGACGAUCAGCUGACUUGGUCAUGGGCAGCACGUCGAGCAAGUUUCGCAGGCACCUAGAGAACGGCGACGAGUACUCGGCACUUCAGAUCUACGAGAGCUGCUCUGAACUGCGGAAGUCGCUCGAUCCCAAUUGUUUUUAUGGGGACUCUGUUAAUCGGUGCACACCCGUCCACCUUGCUGCCAAACACGGAAUGAAACCGUUACUGAGGAUCUUCCUACGGGAGAUGCAGGGCGACCCAACGAUCCAGUCAGGGCAUGGAGAAACUGCACUUCACUGUGCCAGCCGUGGCAGUCCUCACUCAGCUGCAGUGGAGCGCAGAGUGGCCUGCCUCAGCCUGCUCAUUCAGUGGCGUGGCUACGAUGGAGAAGUCUUAGACCUCGAUGCGAAAGAUCAUGAUGGAAACACUGCCUUGCACUAUGCUGCCAGUAGUGGGUUGAAGAAGUGUGUGGAGCUACUUGUUUCUCAUGAUGUCUCGCUCUUCAUUGAGAACAACGCGGGUCAAACAGCAUGUGAGAUGGCAGACAAGGCUGGCUUCAAGAGCUUGGCGGACUACCUCGAAUCAAAGAUGGUCUUUUCUAGCUGUGUUACUAUCAGGCCAAAGGACAAAGACCCAGCACUCGAGCUUGAUAAGGCGUACAAUGGUUUGCGGCCCCAGGACUUGCAAGAAGCCAAAGAUCUUCUUCUUGUUGAAACAUCUGAUAUGCUCCAUGUGCCUUUGUUCACAGCAGAGGCACUUCUGCGAUGCCAUGACUGGAGCCAGGUAGCUCUGCUGGAAGCAUGGGUCCAAGACCCAGUUGGAUGUUGCCUGGCUGCAGGGGUACAGCCGACGACGUCAGCAGUGCACGCGUCUGAGCGCAGUAAUGAUCCUGUGGUGACGGAAGAGUACCAGUCGGGGUCUCUCAACUCAUCGUCACCUUCGACACCUAGCGGGCCACAAGGCCGAUCGCCUGCUAGGUUGCCUUGCAACAUCUGCUCAGAAGUGGUGCAUGAGCCAGAUCCUGUGGUUGUUCCUUGUCAGCAUGAGUUCUGCGUCUCCUGUUGGCGCAGCUACCUCACAAUCAAGAUUCAGGAGGGGGACGUGCAUAGCAUUGUGUGCCCAGCUGUUGGCUGUACUCAACUUGUUCCUGUGGACAUCAUUGAGCACAUUGUCAGCGCUGACAUGGUGCGCCGAUAUUUGCAGUUUGACAUUGAGGCCUUUGUCGAGAGCAACCCAAACUUCAAGUGGUGUCCAUGGGCUGGUUGUGGGAGGGCAGUGCACCUGCCAGAAUCUGUGGACCCACCACCAUUGCGCCUUCCCAAGUCUGCUCCUCGAGAGCCCAUGUCACACUCUGUGGAUUGCGGAAAUCGGCACUACUUUUGCUGGGAAUGCUUGGGCCCUGCACAUGCACCUUGUUGCUGUGAAAAGUGGAAGGAGUGGCAAAAGAAAGUGGCGGAGGCUAAACCUGAGGAAUUAAAGAGUGCCUGCAGUCGUACUGAGGAAGCUGCCAAUUGCCUCUGGAUGGUCACAAAUUCAAAGCCAUGCCCCUGCUGUAAGUCUCCCAUUCAAAAGAACGAAGGAUGCAACCACAUUAAGUGCUACAAGUGCAAGCAUGACUUUUGCUGGGUCUGUCUAGAACCAUGGAAGAGGCACAGCUCUGCGACUGGUGGAUACUUUCGUUGCAACAGGUUUGAGGCUGUGAACCGUGCCGAGGAGCAUGCAGGUGCUAUUAUCAGUGAGGCCGAGACCAAAAACAAAGAAAUGCAAGAACUGAAGAAGUUUGCCCACUAUUACACUUCCUACAAGGAACACGAAAAGAAGCACAAGGAUGAAAUGCUCGUUAAAAGGAGACUCAUUGAGAAAGAAGGUUGCUGGGUCCGUGAGUUUGGCGAAGGUGAAGCUGGCUUGCCCAAUGUUCACUUCCUUGGAGAUGCAGUAUGGGAGCUACUGCGGGCACGCAGAAUUCUGUGUGGUUCAUAUGCUUAUGGGUAUUACAUGCAAGAUGAAGGAUAUGGCAAAACAGUCUUUGAGCUUCUUCAGCAUGAUCUGGAAGAGGCAACAAAGGUUUUGUCGGAUAUGUUGUCAUCACCACGCCUGCGAGCUUCGCACCGCACAAUUGUGGAGAGUGCAGAGAGGGUGCUCGGAAAACGUGAGGAGUUCCUCAAGGCCAUAGCUCGUGGCCUGGUUCCUCCUGAGACUCCACCGUCUUCAAGGCGUACCCGGAGGCGGCGUUACCCGACUGUCUUUGGCCUUGAUCCUCCAGAAGAUGAACAGCUUAUGCUUGCGCUACUGGAGUCCAUUGGAGAUGGACCCAUGGAGGACCCCUGGGUCAAAGAUGCCCGGGGAUGCCAUGCUAACCUGGCUGCACUUUUUGACUGGCCUCGUGAUCCCAGCACUAGUGGCAGCAGCUCUUCAGACACAGAUGACGAAGACCGGAAGUCUGCACUCAUUCGGGCUGUUGGUGUCUGCUCGCGAGAGGGCUGUACGAGACCACGGGCACGAAACCCCAGAACACAGAAACUUCACGAAUACUGCUCUCUCAGAUGCCAGACAAAGCACAGUAACCGAGAACUUCAGCAAGGUCGUCAUGAGGUUGAUUUCUCAAUGGAUCUGAUGAUUGCGUUAGAGCUGUCGAGAAUGCAGAUGAUUGAAGACCAGCGUCGCUUUGAAAGCGGCUGUAAUUCCGAGCCACCAGUGAAUGAUGCUGCCAGUGCAGUGCCUCUUGAAAGUAUGCGGCCUUCAUCACCUGCCCCAUGUUGUUCUUCAGGCGAUGAGCAUCUGGUAUUGUCACCUGCCCACAGUUCGAGAAGUGACAGCUCCCAUAUAACUGCGAGUCCGUCACGGAAAGUGCAAGUGUCUCCAACAAGUGGUGCUGAGGGCCAAUCUGAGCCUCCGAGAGUUGUUGAUACAAAGAAUCUAUCCUCCAACCUGCCAGAUGGUAGUCACAAGCUGGAAAAGGAUCUUUUCCGUCCUGGGGCCAAAUCAGAAAAAGUUCAGCUGUCAUUCAAGCUUUCAAAUUCAUAGCAUAGUCAUCUGGGAGUGUUCUCACUCCUUUGGAGCAUCGUGGCCUGGAAGACUUCCCUAGGACGAGCAAGUGUUAUUUCUUUGUGUUGGUCAUCCUGGUGGCAACCAGCAUAGUUAGUCACUCCUUGCUUCUUUUUUCACCAACGCGCUUGUCAUUCUUGAAUGGCGUUGUUUUUUAUUGUAGAAUCCUAUAAUAAAGGGCAGUUUCAUCAGCAUCGAAUAUGUCCUUUGGCCCUUUCGUUCGUUUCGCUGCACACUGUCUUGAAGGUAAGUGUAUGUCAGCUUUUAAACAGAUGUAGCCAGGCGUUUCAUUCGGCUAAGUCUUGAGUGUUGACCCUAUCUGCAAAUUCCUGAGCUUUUUAACUGAUUAGGGGACUGCUUGGAGGCUAAUUCAGACUCCACAUUUUGCUGGUCCAGCACUGCUUUGUCAGCAUCUCACAUCUGCUUUCUGUUCCUAUCAGAGUUUUUCUUUUGGUCAGCUUCAAGUAUCUUCUCUCUGUUGGCGUCCAACGUUGCGAGGGUACUCUUCUUUAUGCCAUUCUUUUCAGCAGUCAACAUUCUUGUGAGCAUGCCUUGGCAACAUCUUAAGGUAUCACCACUUUGGUAUUAAUAAAAAGCACUGUGUACUUUCUAGGCGUUGCCAUUCUGCAACGAUGCUGUUCCACUGGCUGAUUGCUCCGUGAGGCUUCAAAUGUCCUGUCUUGUCACACUUGACAAACUGGACCACGUGGAAUGCUUCAGCUGCAUAGUGACUAUGUAAAACCAAUAGUGAAUUGUGGAUAAAGAAGCCGAACCCACCUUCUACAUUAGAGGGGCUUUAUUUUGCGUUGCACUGUGGCACCAACUGGCAGACACAGAGAGAUGCAAGAUGGCGAGCAUCGAGCUGCUGCAAUGGCAGACACACUUCGUGAAGCGAGCUGAAGUGUUUUUUCUUUUUAUCAGCCACUUUAGUGAUCUUCAUUUUGCAUCAAAGGAUGCUUUCUAGGUCGGACACUUAUGCCAACAAGCAUGAGCCAUCACACUAGGACGGGCUUUUGCGUCGGCAACACCGUGCGGUUGACAGCUGAGCGAAGGCAUCACACCGACAAUGCAAUUGCUGCAAUGCCUGCAUUUGUAUAUUUGGUAGUGCUUUAUAUAAGGCGAAACAUGAUUUAAAAGUUUAAAUGUUUGGACUUCUACUUUGGACUUCUACAUUUGAGAGUAGCCUUCUAGCUGCCAGGGUGGCACAAGGUGCAAUUGCUUACUAGUCGGGUUUGAAUUAUCGGGUGCGGUUCAAUUUCAGGAGUGAAAUAACGAAAGUCCUGGCUCAUAUAAAUGCUUGGUUGUGGGCCGGUACCUGGUCGAGAUUGACUUAACCGAAAAAUUGAAUUAGUUGGGAGUGGAAUUAACGAAUGUGCACUGUAGUAUCGUGGCUUUAAAAGAGACUGUGCGGCUUGCUGCUGCCUGUUUUAAAAGGCAAAUAGUGACAUGGAGGCAACGCACGUGACAUCUCUGACAAAACGGGCACAGUAUUUGUGGCAUUUGUACAAAACUUCAGUCUUUUAUUAGCUUUGCUGGUUAUCGGUCAAUUGUUCUGCAGUCGCAUCGGUCUGCGAGGAAUUUCUCAUUUGUUCUUACCAUGGGUUGAGCAAGGAUCAUUAACCGUGCAUUCUCGGUCAUCCAUGACACAUUAAGGAUAAGUUGGUUAUAUUUUAAUGACUCCAUUUUCUACUUCCACUAUUUCAUCACCAAAAACAUGUGGCAAGGUUGUUAUGCACAUUGUCAUGCAUUUACAUUUCUUGGGUGCAGUUACUGGGCAUGACAGCACUAAAUAACACUGUGUAACAGAACCCGCCAUAAUCAAAUUAUCAUUAUCCUAAAAGGUGCUCUUGAGGUGUUCACUUCCAAAGAAAUCUGGGCAUGGGUCUCACCUUAACUACAAUCGAGCCCACUUUUAACAAUGUCGGUAAUAAAGAAUGCUUGGAUAUUAUGAACAAACACACUGCGACUGUCGCACUUUGCCAUUGGGUAGUGGCGCCAUGUCCCAGGCAAUGAAUUCAAUACAUGAACCCAGAACUCUGUUGUAACGAACUUGUGUGCGCAUGUCAUGCGCCAAGGAAAGCACCGCUUUGCUUUUUACUGCGCACAGCCCACUGAGGUACAAUCUUCUGAGUGGCAUACUCACAUAGCCGAUAGUGAAGCUAACAUGAAUCACACAGCCAUGGGGGAUCGCUGUUUUAAGCUUCACUUGAUUUUUAUUGUUUUCAGAUGCCUGUUGGCUUCCUCGGUAGCUUAAAAUUUCAAUCUACACACUGUUCUGUGAAUGUUUGUAAUUUUGCCCUUUUACAAAGAACACACUAUACUCAAGAAAAAUGAUGUGGAGUGAAUGAACCUCAAAGCUAAAUUUUGCACCCUUUCAAUCUUUUUAUGAGAUGUUGGUAAGGGGUUUAGAUGAAGUCAGUGUGCUCUAGUUUCAGUCUUGCGAGAGUUUUAUACACAGUAAGUUUUGUUGUCAGUGAUGUAUUAAUGUAGCUUUCGUUUUAGAAAUGCUAGCUUUUUUAGCUUGCUACUACAUUUGUUAUCAAUAUCCAGCUUCCAGCCUAGAUUGUUCACUAGUGUACUUUUUGCUUGUUGAUUUUUACAUGUCAUUUUUAUUAUUUAUUUUAUGCCCAAGUGUAACUUCUGUCUGCUGUGCACUUAUCUGACUUAUGACGAAAAUGGGGAGCUGCCGCCACCAACUCCGAACCCAAGCCCAAAUACUUACGUAUUGUUGAGGCACUGCGUUUUCACCUGAAGCUUAAGUGAUAAAUGAUUGCGUGUCAUCUAUAAACAGCCUAAAAACUGUGCUUAUUGAUUAACAUUGAAAAAGGAAACUUCAAAAACUGACUUCUUUUCGACAGACAUUAGUUUCAUUCUUUGCCUUCUUUUAGGCAGUCCACUUAUUACGAACUUUUGGAUAUAGUGAACAAAUUCUGCAUGACAAUGAUAUUGAAUGUAAAUGGGCUCGACUGUAAACAGAAUGAGUGAGACAGUGUAAAAAUUCCCUUGCACAAAAGUAGGAGUGCAGGUAUGAAAACAGGCAGUUCAUCAUGCUCCCAGGUGACAAUCUAUUACUACUCGCAGUGCCACUAAAAAAUUUGACAAACCGGUUACACUGUGCCAGUAGCCAGCUUUAUGACAUUUGGGUGAGGCUGAUCAGAUGUCAAUGGAUGACUCGUCAGCAGCAAAGAGGGACAAAUACAGGGUUGUGCAACCCGCAAGUUACUUCAAAUAGGACGGAUUUGUUACCCAGCCGGUGUAGGUAGGGAACUUUUCAGAUACGGUAGCACAAUGUGUAUGUGUUCUUUUGAGUAUGUAAUCCUGCCGGUAAUUUUAUGUCAUCGUUUCUAGGACUUCCUAGCGUGCUGUGGAAGAAAGCUGUAGCAGCAGCAGCUAGUGGUAUACUAGUAUCCUACUUCUGAGCACAAGGUCGCGACUUUGACUCUCAAGUACAGGCAACAUUUCGAAGCUGGGUAGAAUUGGGAAACAUAUCUGUACUGGGCCAUCGGUGUGAAUUGAAGAGGUGGAGAUAUCAGCGCACGUUAAAAAGGUGGAAGAGUACCUUUAUCGAUAGAGUGCAGCCUGAGCAUGAUGGUUAAAAAGAAAAUUUAGAACGUGCAUGUACUAAGGAAGCUUUUUUCUGUUAUUGCUUAUGGUUCAAUAUUGAAAAUGAUGAAUGCCAGUAUCCGUGAAUGCCAGAUCUGCCAACCUUAGAGCUUGAAAAAUGCUACAGUCGUAUAAAGUAGGCGUCGCUGCUGCAUCGGUAGGUCUGUGUAAUCAACGGAUCCAAAAAAUUGUGCUAUGAAAAUUGAUCAGCGACUGUAUUUGUAUUCUUUUGGAAUAACUUUGGCCCUAAACUAGGAGCAAGUGAAAUUUUUAAAAUUUUUGUGUCAAUACGAUGAUCAUAAGCAAGGUUAGAAAAUGUUCAUUUUACGAUGAAAUUGUAAAUUUUACGCAGGAUUGAUAGCAGUUGCUGCUUGUUGCACCAGCUUCCCUGCAAUACUUGCCUGCCCAUCUCAUGUGAAGACACCGGCACACACCCAGUUUCUUAUUCUGGCACCAGCAAAUCUCCUCCCGAGUCGUUACAGGCUGCAUUGUGAUAAGCAUUUUCACCUAUCUCUAUUGCACUGCAUGGGGCAUAGUGCUGUUGGAAGCAUACUGCAUGCUUUUAAUAGGUGAUAACCCAAAUAUGCUGCCAGCACGAAGUGAGUGUCAUGUUUCGCUCUAGUGAUAUUGUAGGCAUCAUAUUCUGACGUUGCCCACCAGUUCGAUUUCGUUUCGGUUUCUUGUCACUGUCGUGAAACACUACACAAUAGGAAAACAAAUACAUGCGUCUUGGGUCACUCGGGCCCCACCAAAUUGAUGCGCAUCAGCGUCUCACGCCGAGUGGGCAUGUCAAAACUACCCGCCGAAAUGCCUCACUUGAAGAAGCUGCUGACCCAGGCCAUUUUUGAGGAGCGCAAACGUAAGCUUCCUCAAGCUGUAAAAACGACAAUGCACGUCUCGGGCCGCUCGGGCCGCUCAGGCCCCACUAGCUCAGGCCCCACUAGCUCGAUCAGCAUCGGCGUGUCAUGCUGUGACGAUUCGCGCAAUGCUUCACGGGAUGUAGAUGUCAACUACAGUUGAGGAUGUGAAAUUGUUUUGUGGCUUCAGAUGGUAUGUUUUGCCAGUUAGUAAGCUUUUUCUCACGUUUUCUUCCAAAACGUAUGAACAAGGUUCUACUGUUAGUAACUUGCAUUCUACUUUGAUGCAGCAAUACCUAUACAGUAUAAACCUUCUAAUACAUUUUUCACUUGAUUGCGGGCAUGAAGCAUUGCGCGAAAGAUGAGCAAGGGUGCAGCAUUAUGGGCAUACACUCUUUGAAUACUGUUUAUUAGGGGUGGGACUCUUGCGUCAAUUGCGCCAUUUUGAUACAAACGCAAAUUUCUGCCCCAAAGUGUGCCAAACACAGAAAAUUGACCGAAAUUGCACCACGCUGUGCCAUAGCGGCUUUGGCAUGUGAUGUGUGCUCCGGCUGUGGCCACAUUCAGCGAGCGGAAUCCCAUUCCGCACACCGCGCGACGGCGCAUCCCGCACAGUUUCUCGUAAUUUUCGCGCUUAUAACACUGGACUUCUAGGUGCUUCCGGCUGGUCCCAGCUGUUGUCGCUGCUGUCAGAACGGCCAGGGCAGCUGUAUUUAGAGUGUAUUAGAAUACGGUUGAGUGGGCCGAGCGGCACGGUGCUCCCUAGCUGAGGGCUGAGGAGCAAAAAAAAAAAAAAACCAAAAGGUAGGCUGAAGGGCAAGCGCACUGGAUAUUAGGGAGGCACGCGCCGCAGCAGGUUCAGUGGGCAUGCAUCUUUGUCCCCAAAGCCGGUAAAACGUAAAGCUAUUCCAGUCUGUUUUUAUGCCCAUAUGGGCAAGACCUCAGUCAUUCUGAUCUAUCGCGAAGGGCUAAUGGGGAAUUUGUAAUAAAAAGAUGCAGUUUCGGCCAAAAUUCGAAGCUUCGAUUGCGAUAGCAAAUGAGUAGACAGCUAUAUGAAGGAUAGUUGUUUUAUCGGCCGUGUAAACUUGAAAACAUUCGCUUAAUAAAUUAACAAGCACGGUGUCACAUGCACACAAGCAAACAUGCACACAUCGCACUCGAUGACCACGGAAACUCGCUGUCAAAACGCUGGAGUGAGGAAGCAUGGCAGCAGCAGCGAGCGAAUUAACCUUCGUGUUACCUCUCGCUUCAACGCGAACUAAGUGGCGAAAACACAGUGCACACGAAGCUAUCAGCACUCGCACUCUGUCCCCAUCACAGGUCGCUUUCACGAUAGGGCCGGCGCGGCCACAUAUACGCAGCAGCCACUGGAGUAGAACGCCUCCUCCCCCUCCCUCCACUCCAACCGGUACCCACUGCGACGGAAGGCGCAGUGGGUGGUCGCUGUGCCCUCCUCCCCGCUUUCUUCUAUUGCGCACGCGAGAUUGAGCCGCCAUUGUAGGCUCACCCUCGCAAGCUUUCACUCGCGCAUACAGCAUAUGGUGCGCGGCGACGUGGUUAUGGCCACUGGACUUUAUACGGAACAUCACAGCGACGGCGACAACAGAAAUGCGCCGGAGUGUUCAUAUAAUUGCUAUGGCAAUAAAAACAGAUUGGAAUAGUUUUAUGUUAUACUUGCAAAGGGUUUAUUGUGGCUGUCUGUCUCUGCGAUGAAAUAUGGUGACCCAGAAAUCAUGUUAUUGCGUCGAUUGGACCACAUAAUUUGAGAACAUUUUCUGCUAUCAUUAUCAGCGUCGGCGCGGCAACAUAUAGUUCGAUUGUAGUGCCACCGAUGUUUUCGGCUUUAGAGGAAAGCAUGCGCCGUGCCGCCGCUUGACCCACUCCUCCAUAUUCUAGUACGCUAUAGCAUACCUGCCAACUCUUCCGAAUUUACCGUAAAAUUUACGAAUUUGGACCUGUCUUACGAUUUUACGAAUGUCGGCUCAAUUUUUACGGAAAAGUGGUUAUAUUCGCGAAAUUAUUUUUUAAAAUUCCUAAUAAAAUCACACCGUUGCUGGUGGGCGGGGGCGCCACUUACAUAGGGGCGCAUAGAGAUGGGGGUGUGCGCCGUAACCUUUAUUGUCUGCAGAGUAAGGACAUUUUUCACUCUGUGACGUUGCCUUCAUCAUCAGGUCGUUGGAUGACCCGAUGAUGGCCGGACGUCACUGGUUGUCGUUACAUAUAUGUUACUCAUAUAUAUGGUUGUCGUUACUCUCAACACCUGUACCACCUGUACGUAAGUGGCGCCCCCAGAGACGACGGCGAUUUCGGGUGGAUGCGGCAGGCACAGUUUCUGUAUCGGAGCCUGUGGCUUGUCGUCUCGCCUGUCACCUUCGCUAGGCUUUUUUCCCGAAUAAGACCUGUUUUGUGGGCCUGACUUUUUUUUGUGUGAUGUGCUGCUACAUCGGGCGCAGUGCGACUCCGGUACUCCGGUGUUUCCUAGCCGUAGCGGCUGUGAAGUGUGAUGGCGUGCUCGAAGCCUCGUCAGUACUAGACUCCAUCAGUACUUCCACGUGUGUUUGUGAAGUCGUACUCCUCGGCAGAAUACCCGUGCUCCCCCCCGGUCGCGAGUUUGCGAAUUUGAAAGUUUUGAGGUUGGCAGGUAUGCUAUAGCUACAAAGCGUGCUUCUACUACGCGCUUCGUGUUGGUUUAUUGUGUGUUUCGUCAUCGUUUCGAAGUGUGCUGCCAUAUUCCAUUAUUCCAUCAAAAUUCUGAUUGGCCUGCUCCAAACUCCUCCAAAGUGCAAUUUUUUUCUGCUCGAAACUGCUCCAAAACGCAAAUUUACUCGCUCCAAAAAUUGCUCUGAAACGACUUUGGGCAGUCAUACCCCUGUUUUUAAGGAAUUGUAAGCACCAGAAGGUAAAUGUAGCUGCUACUAGCCACAAUGCAUUAAAAAAAUGCGAUAAUUCUUGCUUGCUUCAGUCCUUGCCACUACUUAUUUAGGAUUGCGUUCUCCAUAAAUAUAAUACACAAGCUUUGCACGAACAUUUCAGAUGCUGGUUCUUUCAGAAAAAUAUUCUUGAGUCUGCACAGCUAAUUCUGCUCCUUGAAGUGUGGUAACUUCUUCUGUGGUAGCUACCUCUUCAGAUGCCUCCUCUUAUUCAUCUUCUUCUUCUUCAUUGCAGACCUCUGCAAAAAUGCUUUCCACUUGUUAUCAAGGCAAGUUGUAACAUCACUGUCAAUGUGCACGUACUUGUCAAAAUUUAGUGGGAUUUCCUUAUGAACGUUGCUCUAAUAAGUCCUUCUUCUCAGUGGCAUCAUCUUUACUAUCACAUUCAAGCAAAUCCUCCACGUCGGAAGUUUGGAUGUCUGAUGGAAAUCCUGCAUGCCUUAAGCAAUCUGCUAUGGUUCUUGCCGUCAGUUGCCUCGAGGCGUCGUCAAGGUUUCAAUAGCACGAAGAAUGUCCACCUUGUAUUCUUUGUCCUGGUUCAUGCAUAUGAGCAUCCUCUGCAGGAGACUCUUGCCACAGCCGCUCGAUGAAACGCACGAGGUACGGCCCGCCAUGUCGAGCGGUAAAGUAUGGGCGGAGUUGUGAAGCGAAAGUUGACAUUUGCCGCCGCCUUUUUAGGGGUGGCGCUACUGAUGCGGGACUGCUCUUCCUUGGGGAAGGUGCCGCGGGAGAGAUUUCGCGUCUUGCUUGCACACAUUUUGUCCGCACACGUGGUAGUAUAAAUGUGUCGAGGUCCUUGUUGUGUUGCAUGUGGCACUAUCCCGCGCAACUGUUGCGUGCUGCUGUGUGUUACUAACGCAAGAAAAGAACCAUUAAUCCGAUACCCUGAGUUUCCGAGCGACGUAGAACGCCGUAAAGCAUGGCUGAAAAACAUUUUGUGACAGGGACAAGUGGCAAAGGAAGCAUUUGGGAGUCGAGGGACACGUCUUUAAUUGGUGUGUUCGCUUCACUUCACCGACGGCCACACCGAAGAACUGUGUAAGGUGUUUAUAAGCAAAUUGUUACAGCCACUACUGGCGAAUUGGACCGGGGACCUGAAUGCAACUGUGGAGUGGUUAAAACUCGCCUACAAGCCUCUGUCACGGGAGGUAGUACGAUUUUAAAGCUGUUGAACGAGGCAGUUUUCUGUGGCUUCACAUCGUGUAAAUAAAGAAAAUAACAAUUGCCACAGCCUCCCUCGAUCUUUUUUUCUUUUCAUCAUUGCAAUUGCUCUAUUCACGCUGAACAACUUUUUUUACUGCAUCGUCUUUACAUAAAUAUGCUACACAUCGGCAAUGUGGCUGAAUGUACAAUCUGUUAUAAACUGCUAUCUACCGCAUUUUUCUAGAAAGGUACGUGAAACUAACAAAAUCUAGCAAAAAAUUGUUGUAGAAACCUAUGUCAUUAUGCACGCAUUUGUAAGAAGUUUCGUAUUACAGGGUUCUUUUUUCAUUUUUUUUACCAUUCACGCUGAACAACAUUUCUUCACUGCAUUGUCUUUACAUAAAUAUGCCACACGUCGGCAAUGUGGCUGAAUGUACGAUCCGUUAUAAACUGCUACCUACCCCAUUUUUAUGGAAAGGUGAAAUUAAAGAAAUCUAACAUUAAUAGUUAUACAAACCUAUAUGUCAUUAUGCACACAUUUGUAAUAAGUUUCAUUUAACGUUUUUUUCGUUUUAUUUUUUAACCAGCAAACAAUCACGUCAAGCGAGGCAAGUAAAUAAGCACACUCAACAAAAGUGCCCACUGUAUGAGCAGUACUGCCUCUCAAUAAAGAACUCGCCAGUUCUCUUGAACGAUGGUCAUAAUGCUCGAAACCAGCGGCAGAAGUGCGCCGUCCUGGCCUAUGUGAGCCUAUUAGCGGCCCAAUACCGACUCCAGGGUAUAUUGAUAUCCUUGCAGGCAGCGUUGAUAUUUUAUAUUUUGGAAACAAAAAGCACAACUCUCGCGUCAAUAAAGUGUAAACACGAAGCGUGGCCGCUGCGCGAAGCAUGUGGACGGCGCCAAAGAAACGCUCCCAUCCGCGCGCCUGUCCCGGAGCAAUGGCGCCGCUGUGGUGGCGCGGAGAACUAGGUGCCUCACACCGGUUUCGGGAGACGUGGCAGGCCGCACCUCGUGCGUUUCAUCAAGCGGCCGUGCUCUUGCAUCGCCAUUGAUGCUCAUGGCGAUGGGUCUUGCAUGAAGUUGAUGAGCACGACUGUUUUCAACAUUUUAGUUCUAUUUUCGGUUCUGUUUACAUGGUACUGUGAAGUUUUGGUUCCGAUUACCGGAAGUAUUUUUGCAUUGCUUAAAUACAAAACACCAACCAAUUGAGAGGUGGUUGUUCCGUUUGAAAGGGCCCUGAACCACUUUUUGUCGAAGUCAAGAAAUGCAUUUGAAGGUAAAUUAGAUUAUUUCAGAAAUACUUCGCCGCAAAAAGUUCUUCAUUGUGUUCAGAAGAAGUGGAGUUAUUGGCAAUCAAACAUACCGUCGCGGUGCUUCCGCUCCUUCUUCUAUUAUUUGUAUGUGAAGGUCACGGCGGAGCAGGGUGUGCCCACAAUGCUUUGUCUACUGAACGUCACCAUGGUGCCCCGUUCAAGUUUGAUUUUAGAUAUUCAUGUAGACUCCACUAUUUCCGAUUUUGGUGCCUAUGACGAGCCAAACGCGGUUGUCUGCAGCGAGCCGCAGUGCGCUCAGCCAGGGGACUCUUCAUGGCACCCCAUGGCAGCCGCGAUAUCUAUGCUAAGUAGCAGACCGUAGCUACAUGCAACUGCAGCGAUUGCUUUAUGCACAACAGGGCUAGAGUGUGCGCUUGAGCUCAGAUGCUCCUGUCUGGCUGUGCUACGUGGUGUGUACCGGCUUUGUCCUUCACCAGCUUGACCGACGGAUAGUAGCCACAUCCACCAACUUGCACAUUUUGAAACGCUAUAGCUCAAUGAGAAGCGAUAUCUGUCAAGGCGUCUAGCCAGGAGCGACCUGUAGGAGUAAGCGCACGCUGGCAAGCAUGCGUGUGGUCUGACCUUAAGUAUCGUGAGGUUCGAGGCUAGUUGAGUGUUGAAAACUAGCCGAAAUUAGCAAGACCUGACAGCUACGACACCGAUAAGCAGGGUGGCCAAAGUUUAAUUCCUACGCGGGCAGACGUGGCCGAGCGUGUGCAAAUGAUAGUCGGCUUUUUCCAGAAGUACGUAAUUAUUAUCGAAAUUCGAAAGCAGACUUUUGCUUACUUGAGCCUGUUCAUUAAACUGUGCCACUAAAUAUACACAGUAGCAGUAGAAGGAAGCACACUGAUCCAAACGCCCUUCUUGAUUGAUGUCAACUAUUGGCCAAUAGCAACCACAUAUGAAAAUCUGCUAUAUUACGAAAUAAAGCGUCCAGAAAAAAGCGAGGAGCAGACUUCUGUUGAAAAGAGAACGUUUGAGAGAAAGGAGACUUCGCACUCUGCUUGCGCACACCACACACCACACACAACUACAAAAAUUGCCUGCGAUGUUCACAGGUAUGCUAUCCACGGACUGUUUUUUCACCAAGGCCGAGGGGUGAUUCAGGGCCCCUUUUAGCGAUUUUCGUUUACUGAGGUUUUACUAUACUGCUAAAUAUUAACACAGACAUUAUACGUGGCUCACACUCCGAAGGAUUUAUUCAGCAGUUCAACAUUCUGAGAGAAUUUCGGACUGAAGUUUGGUGUCUCUUCCUUGUCUCCACCAAAUCACAUCCUUUUCUAGCUUUUCUGCCGUGUGGUAGUGUGCAUUGCCAAUAUGUUCAACGUACCUUUUGCAGCAUGUCCAGCGCUGUGACAGCAUUUGACAAGGCGGCGUAUCAUGUGGGAAUGAUUACAUAUCAGAUGGGAUUCUAAUAUUAUACGGCUGUCUAUGUGAUUUUUACUGAGGCUGGGCUUCAGUGACAUUAUACCCAGGGAAACGUUUGGGUGGAGGAUGCAUCAGUGGGGUUGUACUGUAGUUAUAUUUAGUGGCGGUAGUGACCUAAAUUGGAACGCAUCAUUAUAGGGCUACCAGUAUGUGGUUACCUUGCAGUUUACUAAUGUUGACGUCGCUGAUCGCUUGCAAGCCAGGGUUCAUAAAUGAACAACCUUUUACUGUAUUUCAGUAUGAAUGCUAAUAUUUGAAUUCUGUUCAGUCUGCUACGUUAAACUUAUAUCAUAAUUAGUGGUAACUGCAUGGCCACUUGACUUGGAAACUUCACACACCCCUGCUUGUAUUGUCAAAGAAGGCAGUUCUCAUGCCUUUCUUUCAAACUGUAGGUUUUUUUUUUUUUUUUUGCAAGCCACAGCUUUAUUUCACAAGGAAAACUUGAUAAUGUGAGCUGUCAAGAGUUGUUAUUUUGCGCUUAUGGCUGCAUGUGGUCAUUUUUGUUUGUAAGUUCUGCAUUUUUAGUAAGAAAUUAAUUGACCUUGUGCACAAAACUAAUUUUUGGCUUGUUGGACAUCUUAAUGGUUAAUGUGCUAGAACGGGACCAUGUUGACUUUUACACCUUGUAACCUUGACCACACCAUUUUAACUAGCAGAAUGGUGCUUUAUGCUUGAGAUUCUCUAUUGUACUUUUUAGUUGUCUGGUUUCAAAAUGGUUGAUUAGUAGUAGGCUUUGGAGGCUGCCCUACAGCAGAACAUUUUGCAUUGGCUCCUGUUUUACCAGAUGCUUUACCAAAUGUUUUAUCCUUUUAAGGAAAUCCAUGGGUUGUUGCUCCUCCUGCUAAUAUUUUUUGAUAAAUGUGUUUAUCUCUGCCUUUUGAAGGAGUCCAAAGCAGUUCUGUUCAGGACUGCUUAUAUGUUUGACCCUGUGUGCAGUGCAGACAAGAAAUUUUGCAUUUACUGAUGCACAGGGCUUGAGCAAUUUACUUUUCUUUGGGCAUGUGUAAAAUGACUUCCAUGGUAACGAGUGACAGUUUCACAGCAUGCCUCGCUACAUUAGGUCUUUGGAGAAGCCCUUGUAGUCAUUCUCACAUUACCAACUCAUGGCAUUUAUAUAUCUCCAAAAGAGCUCUACUCACUGCUCUUCUGGGGGAUUUGGUUUGUGCAGAGAGAAAGUGUAACGUUGGAAAUAAUUGCAAGAUUACAUUGGGGCAUUAGUUUUUAUUGCAAGCAGUUUCAUGUUCUUGUUUGCUUCAUGUGAACCUGGCAUUAGCCUUCCUUAAGCAUAUCACAACCUUAACUAAACUACAGUCUACCAUUAUCAAGAUUUCUCGAAUGCACACCCUUUGCCAAGAGUACAGAAUAUGCUUGUACUGCAUUUAUCAGGGAAUCUGGACUCGAGCUGCACGUUGACUCAUUCAACCAGCAUUGGAGAAGAGGCUUUUCAGAGGUGCCUUGCACAACUGUUCCCGCCUCCUCCCAGUCCUAAACAGUUUUGGGCUGGAGAGGUAAAUUUCUCCUCAUUUGGUCCUAUACAUAGCCAAGAACAGAAGGGCAAGAGUAGGUACUACUGCUAAACUUUUUUUUUAGUCGACAGCUUUUAGUUGAAUAGCCUACACAAUAAAAAUUUGUAUUUUCAGUCCGAAAGUGAAGUUUUGAAUGUGAUAACAAGGUUUAGCGUUGUGCUGAAGGCUUCUUGAAACGCUGGUGGGAUGAGAAGUGCUGCCAGCGACGUUGCAGGCAUUGCAUCUCGAUGGUGCAUGAGAUCAGAACAAAGGAAAACCAUCAAUGUUUGUGGCAGCCGCAUUCAGAUAGGGGUGUAAAACAAAAAAAAAAGCUUGUAUUCCAUCUUUGAGUAUGUGUUAAAGAACGACAUGUAGUCAAAAUUGAGUCCAACACUUUUGAACCUGAUGUAACCUGUGUAUCCUAUAAUUUUACAACUAGCAUGAGUCUAUGAUCGUGGUGCUAAUAUACAUUGCUUGAAAACAUUGCACCCUGUUUGGAAUUUGGUGUCCUGCAGUGACAAAGCAUUACAACUAUGGAAUUUUUUUUUUUUUUUGAAGUCAGGAUCCUGAAAAAUGCUGUACGUGAUGCAUGUGUGUUGUCGUGAUAUGUUCAUAAUGUGUGCGUAAACUGCAUAUUAUCAUGUGAAGUGAAACCUGGGUUUCAGCUAGUCCCAAACGUAAAUUUGCUUCACAGAAACCACAGGUGCUUUCUUCAGUAGUUUCUUGUUGCAGAAGUGUGCAUCAGGGCAUUUGUUUUGCUGCUUCCACAUGGCUCUUGUGAAAGUACUAGUAUUCAAAUGCAUUUUUGAUGUGGGCAUUGCCUCAUCCCGUAAAUCUCUAUUCCUUCUUGCCGAACAAUGCCGAUCAUUCAUUCUUGCCGAUCAGUGAUACUACACGUGGGUGUUGAAUGGGGCAAACUUUGACUGUGAAACAACUUUGUUGCCACACUACAUUGUGUCUUUUAUAUAUUUUGUGCCUAGUAUAAGUGCAAUGUUUAAAAAGCCCUGAAAAGGCAUUUUUUUUAUUUUUGACACCGAGCAAAAUACUGGAUUGAGCCUUUCAAAGAAUAUGUUCUAGAAGAAAUUUUUUUAAAGCACCUUCCAUGAAUAGGCGUAUGAGUGCAAUGUUUACUUUCGCCCUAAACCCAUCAAUCCUUCUCAGCUAGGGUAGCACCGAUAGCAAUGCCUUGCCUAGCACUACUUUCUCUUCUUUCCGUGAUAGCUUGAGGGUGACAAAGGAGUGUCAACAAACUGUGCGAGAUGCAUUAGCAACUGCCGCUUCCCUGUUUCCUAGAAAAUCGCAAAGAUGGUAGAUGUGUGUGCUCAAUGGCUGGCAUCUAUGGGCUGUCGUGCUUCAUGUUAUGUCAUCACUGAUGUUACCUAAGGCGGCAGAAAUACAGUGGUACGGUAAGCCAGGGAAGAGAGCAAGCAGUCUAUUAUGCGAGAUACUAGAUUCUUCGCUGCAUGCAAUGGAACAAUAUUUGGCUUGCAUGUUCACGGAGGCAUUGGCCACAGGAUAGGGAACACUUUCUUACCACGUUAAAAAAGUGUUUCCGUGCCCCUUUAUAUGGUGAGUGUAAAAUUUCAACAGGCAUUUAAUGCUACAUUAGCAAUCAGUACUCUGUUGUGACAAAUGCAGGUGCUUUGUAUUACUAACUAAAAUGCUCGAAAAUGGGGAUGGAGUUCCAGUCAACGUCUCCUGAAUAUGAGACACUGUACUUGAAGAAUUUCAGUUUGUUUCUCUGCUGUCUGCUCGAAUCGUUUCAAAGUAGCUACUUGUGACAUGUCUGAUAGAAUGCCCUUUCUUUCUUUUUUUUUAUUUUGCCUAGUGUAUGCUAACGGAAGGCAUUUUUUUUUUGUGAGAAUGUUUUUCACUGGAACAGUCAUAGACAUAGAAGCAGCCAGCCGCGCCAACAGGUUGGUAGUUAAAUGAAGGAACUCAACUGUUGAAAUGAUCAAAAUGGGUCCUGCCUUGGAGGACUGUAGUAGUUCAUAGUGUUGUGUAUGGUGUAGUGCACUCAGUUUUUUUUUCUCAUUUACAUGUUUAUAGUGUUCCCUUAGCAGGACAUGUUCCAAGUGCAGCUGAACAGCAUGACCAGCCAAAUCGCAUAUACCUCUUGACUAACCAGUAUUAACGUGAUGUUUUGACUAGGUCAUGAGAACUACUGGACAUGCAGAAAGGCAGUCUGUAAGUGGUCUGGCUGCAUAAUUUGGGAGGCAGCAUGGUGUUACAAGAGAGCCAGGAGAAAGUACAACUGAAGCGAAACCAAUGCAUGACUGCCUGCUGCUAGUUCUAGGGCGCUUUCAUAAGCAGAGUGCCAUCUCAAGUUGUGUGUAUUGAAGGGACGGUAUUUUUGUACUACACCAUGUUGUUUUUUAAUGCAUUUCGUUCUUUUUGUACUAAAAGGCAUAUAAGAGCCGGUUGAUACAACCAGCUCCUCUCACAGGGUCAGUGGAUGGGCCGAUUCAGGUUGUCCGCUGUUGCACCUUUUAUAUAGUGCGCUGAAGAAGCCCAAAGCAUAGACUUGCGGCUUGAGCAAGUUUCGCUGGAUCGAAACAGCUAAAGCCUUUUUAACUUUCCCGAGUCCUCUGAAACUCCAAGAUUCCAGUGUCCCAGGUUUCUUCUUUUUGCUUUUCUUUUGGCUACUUUAUCGUGGAGUUGUGGCACCUAGAUAGCAUGUCUACGGAAAAGAACCUACCUUUGCUUAGCAUGAGAUUUGUAUAAUCUCAAGUGGAAUACACAGGACAUUUUGAGGGGGCACUGUUGUUUUAUAUGCUGAACUACGUUCUUUCUCUAGUCCAUUGGUUUGACAUUUUGUGUGUGAAUGCAUGUGUGUGCGUGUUUCCUCUGUGAUUGCACAGUGCCUUUGGCUGGUUGCCAACAUACACAGGCACAUGGUCAUCAGUCGUUGUAGAAUCGAUCUUAGCUGAGCUAAGCCGCUCUCAUUGAAUGAAGUCAUCUGACAUGUUCUAUGUGCCUGUUUUUAAAUAAGCUGUUGUUGAGCAUUCUGCAUAUUGUUUGCUGUCCUUCUAUGGUUCUUUCUUUUCUUCUUUUGUGUCAGUGCACUUGUUUUGCAGACUAUGUCUGCUGCCUUUUUGUGCAAGUCAAGUAUACUGCGCAAAUAAACUACAGAAGUUAGCACUGCUCUGUAAUGCUACUGGCUUUUAAGGUAAAUUGACAGCGCCUUCAAGGAGCACUUGUUUUAGGGUUUGUUUGCAUGAACUUAUGUUUUACAGUGCACAAUAAAUGAAUAUAUCACGUG